AUGAACCCAGUGUCCCAGUGGAUCGCCUGUAACGUCGCCUGGUGGCCCGUGCUGAAGAAGUGCAGAUACGCCAACAGUCCCAUGGUGACCACGGAAACGAGAUUUGUGCGGAUCUUGAGGAUGUCGAUCAGCUCCAGCAGCGUGAGGAUCUGGUUGAUCAACAGUGCCAGUGAAACAAUGCCCAACGGCUUGUUCACAAGCAGCACAGCGCACAAAAUGUUGAUCACAAACAGGAAAUACGCGGACCCCCGUUUCCGCGAAUCUUUGAGCUUGAACGAUUUGAAGACGGCACAGAAACCAAACGUGAUGAGCCAGAACGCCACGAUCUUGUCUUCCCAAAUAACAAACGAGUUCGAGGUGAAGAUCAAUGAGUGCAUGAGAAUCAAUGCCAAAGCGAAAUACGUCCACCCGUUCUGGAUCAGGUUCUCCUUCACUUGUGAAAACAGCCACGGAAUCGAGUAUCUGUCUAUAAUAGGAGCAAGUAUGCCGUUGAUGAUACCGAGAGAAACCCCAAGAAGAACAGACCACAGCAUACUGAGGUUCUCUGGUUUAAAUAUUAAGGUGAACGACACCGUCAACAGUGUAUGGACCAUGGUCAUAGCAGCAGACGAGGUGAUGAACUGGGAAUUCAAUUGUGUGAUCACCACGAGCGGAACCAAUUUCGUGUAG